AAGGGAAAGAGUGAAGAGUGAAGAACACUAUUAUUGACUAUAGUGUUAGAAGUGUUGUUGUGUAGUGAAAAACGGUGCGUUUAAACUUUAUGGGAAUAGGAGUAGGUAAUGCGGGUGCCAGCUGUUACCAUAUCACUCUUCUUCUCUGCUAUUCUUCUCUUCUUCAUCACUGCUCCGAUUCUUCCAUUAGGGUUUCCUUUUUCCACCCGAUCCAUAUUUUCUUUUCUGCAACUAUUCCUUCAUCGCUUUGAUUUUACACUUCUCGCUGUUCCACGGCUUGAUAAUCUUGAAGUAAAGUCUCACUGGUUUUGACCUGUGCAGUAGCAUGUUUGUGUUGGUUUCGGCUAUUAUGUAGCGGUUUGCAAUAGUACUUGAUUGUCCUCUUUCAACAACCUAAACUGUUCUCGUACUUUAAUCACAGAUCUUAAGCUUGAGGGUAUUACAUCAUUGCUACACUGCUAUGUGGUACCAAUUGGCUUAUCACCGGCAACUGCCACUCUGUUCUCCUUUGUAGAGCUCAAUGGUACCAGAGGGCUAGGGAGUUAUGGGCUGCUCUCAGGAUGCUAAUGGUUAUAGGGGUUCUUUGUACUGUCAGCUAAUUCUCUUUAUCGUCUGGCUUCCCACUUUUCAAGAUGUGACAGCACGAGAAGUACAUGCUGACCAUAGAAGAAUUUCUUCUCUGGUAGAGUUAGCUAAGCAACCCGCUUCUGGUGAAUCUGGACUCUUUGACCCCAUAGAAAUAUCACCUGCUGUCUUACCAAAAUUUCCGUAUCCUUCUGAGUCUUUGCCACCAAUGUAUCCUACUUUCCCAACCAGAUAUGAACCAGUUUUAACGGGAAAAUGUCCUGUUAACUUUUCCCAUCCAGGUAUAUCGAAUAUACUAGAUAAAACAGCAUCUGAUUGCUCUGGACCUUUGGCAGCCCUUGUAGGGAAUGUAAUAUGUUGUCCUCAGUUUAGUAGCUUGAUCCACAUCUUCCAGGCUUUCUACAACAUGAAAUCCGAUGAUUUGGUUUUACCUAAUGCUGUUGCCAAUCAUUGUUUUUCUGAUAUUAUUAGUAUUCUAGCCAGUAGAGGGGCUAAUAGUACGAUACCUACACUAUGCUCAAUAAAAUCAUCUAACUUUACUGGCGGGUCAUGUCCUGUGAAGGAUGAUAUUACUCUCGAAAAAACAGUCAAUACAAGUAAGUUACUUGAGGCGUGCAGCACUGUUGAUCCACUUAAAGAAUGCUGCAGACCUGUUUGCCAGCCUGCGAUAAUGGAUGCAGCCCUACAAAUUUCUGGAAGACAAAUGACGAUUAACAAUAAUGAAAAUAUGGCCGGGGAAGUGAAUCACACUGACUAUCUUAAUGAUUGUAAAAGUGUGGUUUAUUCAUAUCUUUCCAAAAAGCUAUCAUUUGAAGCUGCAAAUACUGCAUUCCGAAUACUGUCGGCCUGCAAAGUCAAUAAAGUUUGUCCUUUGAGUUUUAAGGAGCCUGCAGAAGUAAUCAGUUCAUGUCAGAAUGUAGCUGCCCCUAGCCCUUCCUGUUGUAGUUCAUUGAACGCAUAUAUUGCUGGGAUACAAAAGCAAAUGUUAAUUACAAAUAAACAAGCUAUAAUAUGUGCAACACUUUUUGGAUCUAUGUUGCGUGGAGGUGGAGUGAUGACAAAUAUUUAUGAGCUUUGUGAUGUUGAUUUGAAAGAUUUCAGCAUACAAGCAUAUGGACAACAAGGAUGUUUACUUCGGAGCUUGCCUGGAGAUGUGGUAUUUGACAAUUCAUCCGGCUUUAGCUUUACAUGUGAUUUGAGUGACAACAUUGCAGCCCCCUGGCCAUCAUCAUCUUCAAUUACAUCUCUCUCACUCUGUGCUCCCGAGAUGUCAUUACCUGCUCUCCCAACUUCACAAACAUUAAAAAAUAAUGGUUGUAAUUCCGGUGGCGUUGGAUUGCUUUUGCUUAUUUUUUCAUUUUUCAUCUUCAGUACGCUGUUGUGUUGAAGAGUAGGGUUUAGAAGUGUGUCAGGAAGGCAGUUCAAUGUGUCUUUGGUGUGGCUUUUGCAUGUAUAUUUUUGAAUGGCCUCAUUGUAUAGAAAUCGCCCCUUUUCUCCCCAUUUCCACGUGUCUUCUGCUUGUAUGUUCUGAGCAGAUCAUUCCGGAGUCGGUGCUCAUUUGAUUUAGGAUCCAUAAUUGUGCUGUGAAGGGUUCGAUUAUUUUCUUUUUUGCUGAAUUGCUGACAAGCAGAUGCUACAUUACUAUGGCAGCAUCAGGGACUGACUAACACUGAUUCGGAACUGACAAAGUUGAGUUUGACCAUCCAUAAGGGCAGCUAUUAAAGUAUGUGACUAAAUCAUUAGACAUUUAGAUGUGAUUUGAGUUUAACACCAAUACUAAUUCAUUGGACGUGAAUGGAGUUUAACUGGAGAGUGUCUUCAAGGUAAAACUUUCAGGAUAUUGGAUGUUAAAACCCGUACAGAAAAAGUGUUAUAUUUGCCCCCAAGCUAA